AUGGGUUUCAGGAGUGAAGAAGUAACCGAGACUGUUGAUGAUAGCAUUGAUCCCAGUUUAGGGUAUGAAGAGGAAGGCGGGGUUCCAGUUUUUCGACCUACUAUGAGUGCAUUUGCUGAUUUCUCCAAGUUUAUUUCUAAAAUAGAAAAAUAUGGAAUGGAAAAAGGCAUUGUAAAGGUGGUUCCACCCAAGGAAUGGGUUGAUAGUUUACCUACCCUUACAGAGGACAUUUUGAGGAGUAUAAAAAUCAAGAACCCGAUUAUGCAGCAUGUUAAUGGAACAUUUGGUCUUUAUAAACUUCAAAACGUAGAGAAGAAAAGAACUUAUACUUUACCAGAGUGGAGAUGGACUUGCGAUGAGCCGGAUCACCAACCUCCAGCCAAACGUGGUCAGCGCCGUAAAGUGAACGCGGAUUCUAUAGCUGCUUCUGCAAAGAAGUACCGCAGAAUUCGCAAAAGCACUGAAUCAGAUGAUGAAUUCGAUGAGUUUAAAGACUUUGACUAUAAAAUGGACUCAUCUGAGUUUACAGCGUCUCGGUGUGAAGAGCUCGAAAAGGUUUAUUGGAAAUCACUGACUUAUAGUACACCUAUGUAUGGGGCCGACAUGCCUGGUAGUUUGUUCGAUGAAUCAACUAAGACUUGGAACGUUGCACAUCUUGACAACAUUCUUAACAAAUUAAAAGUUCAAAUUCCUGGUGUCAAUUCGGCUUAUUUAUACUGUGGAAUGUGGAAAGCCACCUUCGCUUGGCAUCUCGAAGAUAUGGAUCUGUUUUCAAUUAAUUAUAUCCACUUCGGUGCUCCCAAGCAGUGGUAUUCGAUUUCACAAGAAGACCAUGAAAAGUUUUACAAUUUAAUGAGAGAUAUGUGGCCACAGGAGCAUGCUAACUGUAAAGAAUUUCUUCGUCACAAGACAUUCCAUGCGUCACCGAGUAUCUUAGCACAGCACGGAAUCAAAGUUAACAAGAUAAUUCAUAACCAACACGAAUUCAUGAUUACGUUUCCUUAUGGAUAUCAUUCAGGGUUUAAUUAUGGUUAUAACGUAGCAGAGUCUGUGAAUUUUGCAACUGAGUCCUGGAUUCCCUAUGGCAAGCAAUCUAAAAAGUGUGAGUGUAUAUCAGACUCCGUUGGCAUAAAUGUUGACCAACUCGUGAGACAUAUGAACAAUGAGUUCACUGAAGAUGAAAUGGAAUUAGAAGUUGAGGGUUCGGAGAGUCAAGAAGAGGAUCAUUCCACUGUGGCUGGAUUACCCACGCCGCCGUAUGCUUCUUCUGACCAAGAUGAGCCCAAGAAGCAACAAUCUCAGCCAAGGAAAAGAAAGCAACCUGUACACACUCCUGCUGCUGCUAGAGCUGCUUCCAAGAUAGAUGGAACAACCCAGUCUCCGAAACGCCGUCGUAUGGGUGGCCUGCCUAGCGUUCUGAAUUGUGCGCUUUGUCCUAUUACAAAUUCACACGAAGAUUUAAUCCGAUCUCCAAACAAUGCGUACUGUCAUAGAAUAUGCGCCAAUUACAUUCCUGAAACUGAUAUUAUACAUCCUCCUGGCAACACCUCCAAAGAGUUAUUGGUUGGGCUAGAGGAUAUUCCUAAGGCAAGGAGGAGUCUGAAGUGUCUUGGUUGUGGUUCCAUCAAGGGAGCAUGCUUUCAAUGCUCAUUUCCAAGUUGUUCACGGUCUUAUCAUGGCACGUGUGCUGAAAUGUCAGGUGUACUAGUGAUCAACAGUGAUGGCGAUGCUGGACAGAUUCGCGACUUUCUGUGUAAGCAUCAUCGACCCAAGCGAAUAGCUCUUGCUGAUCUUGAGAACGACCCAUUCACAAUGAACUACGCCUACACCUUGUUACCAGGUGAUGUUGCUCAAUGUCAAAUAGGGUCUGGUGAUAUUUUUGCUGGUCUUGUCGAAGAGAACUUGCUAUCAGAAAACAUGAUCCUAAUUCGGCCAUUACCAGAUUGCAACGAGAUAAUGGAAAUAGACUGGAAAUGGAUUAGACAUCCGAUUGGAGGAAAAGAGGCCCUUGAAUUAGGAAUUCAGAAGAAGAAUGAAAAGCUGAAAAAGAAGCAAAAAGCAGAGAUUCAACGGCCCUUGGAAUUGAAAUUACCAGAACAGGUAGAAAACUCUGGAGUUGUUCCAACUGCCCUGCAAACUGGACAACAGGUCACGAAAGUAGAGCUACCGUUGGCGUUGAACACAUCACUUAAUGAACAACCUAUGACACCCUCUUCGCCAUACCUGAAAAGAGGUCAAAUAAUGACACAAUCGCCUUGGCAGACUGUCAUUGACAUGAAUCAAACACCGGAAAGGGUGCUGAACUUUGAGCAUGCUAGACCUACUCAUCAAUCUCAUUUAGUAACACCAGCGAGGGAAAACGUUAUGUCCAUCGAUUUUUUGUCCAACGGAGCCUCGCCUGAGAGGUCCGUUACAAAACUAUCGCCUCCUACUGGUAUUCACAUAUCAGCCUCUCCGUACAAUUAUCGUAAACGUUCGACUUGUAUUAAUAAUCUCAGCCAAUCAGUGCCUUUCAAACGUGUGUCCACUAGCCGUGUGCAAAUUGGUGAAGAAGAAGUACAGUUCCUUCCGUCGAGUAAGGGAGAUUUGACCAUUCUUCUUGAAGACAGUCGACAUCCCGUGGGUGUAUUUACUCAUUACGGAUAUCAAACGUAUGAGAGGACUCAGGUGUGGGUAACUGAGACUCUAAUUAAUUUUGAGCAACUUCCUCUGCCGUUGAUUUUCAAUAUGGAUCCCGGCUAUUAUGAUUUUAACCAUUCCCGCUUAUCGGAAGCAAGUUAUGUGCACGGAUUCCCCCCACCAUAUGUCAAUUAA